CCGCGGAGGGUUGACGAGACGCGUCAUAACCACUUCAUCGCUCCUUUUCAUAAAUUUCCCGCGCCUUUUGGCGAACACGUCCCCAGUUCACGUGUCCUUAUGAAGGAAGAAAAUUUCGCGAGUUUUCCUUGGGACUUCGUAGCGACGUUAACGUGCUUUAAGGAUAAUAAUUUCUACAGAAUAUAAAGCAAGUCCGACAAUGAAACGCGAUGAUUCGACUAGAAGCUUCUCAAAAUAUCCGACACAGCGGCGGAUGAGUGGUUCGUACGCCAUAGCUGGAUGGCGUCACAACUCCCUCACCAUAAACUCAUUAGCACAGAACUCUGCUUACCUAGCUGAGAAACUUUUAAACCAACAGCUAGAACAAGACGCAAGAGCUCAAGCUGAACCCGUAGCUUUCCAUCACUUAUAUAGGUACGCCAAGCCGUGCGAGAUACUUUUUUUGAUGGUCGGCGUAUUUUUUGCUUGUGUCAAUGGACUAUUCGUGCCUUUGGGCGUCAUCAUAUAUGGCGAGUUCACGGCACUCCUCAUCGACAGGACCGUGAUGACCGGAACCUCGACUGAAACCUGGACCAUAUCUUGGUUCGGUGGAGGGAAAGUUCUUACAAAUGCAUCGAGAGCAGAAAACAGGAUAGCUUUAAUUCAAGACUCGCAGGCGUUCGGCGUCGGGUGCACCGUGUUUUCCAUCGGCCAGUUCAUCGUCGGCGUCAUCAGUGUAGAUAUCUUCAACUACAUGGCACUUAAACAGGUUGACAGGUUAAAAGCGAUGUUUCUGCGAGCUGUGCUUCGACAAGACAUCACUUGGUAUGACUUGAAUACUACCAUGAACUUCGCAACCAAGGUUUCCGAUGACAUCGAGAAAUUUCGAGAAGGGAUUGCAGAGAAAGUGCCUAUCUUCAUCUACCUAGUGAUGUCGUUUGUUACUUCGGUGCUCAUCUCCUUUGCUUAUGGCUGGGAGCUGACUCUCGUGAUAUUGUCGUGCACACCAGUGAUCAUUGCCACUACUGCUGUUGUUGCUAAGGUACAAUCUUCACUGACAUCUCAAGAACUAAAAGCGUACAGUAUAGCAGGAGUUGUGGCAGAAGAAGUAUUGUCAGCAAUUAGAACAGUGGUCGCUUUUGGUGGACAGUCAAAAGAAAUAGACAGAUAUGCUCGUCGCCUUGAGCCAGCUAAGAAAAUGGGGACGAAGAAAGGUAUAUUUGCUGGCCUAGGAAGUGGUAUAAUGUGGUUUAUCAUAUACGCUACAUAUGCAUUGUCCUUCUGGUAUGGCGUCGGUCUCAUUCUGGACAGUAGAAAUGAAGAAAAACCUGUCUAUACAGCGGCUGUGCUCAUGAUUGUAUUCUUCAGUGUACUACAAGGAGCUCAAAACGUUGGUCUGACAGCUCCUCACAUGGAAGCCAUAUCGACUGCAAGAGCCUCUGCGGCGUCCGUUUAUGCUGUCAUUGAUAGAAAACCGCUUAUUGACAUAUUUUCCACUGAAGGUGACAGACCGGAGCUCACUGGAGAUAUCGAAUUCAGAGAUGUGUACUUUCGAUAUCCAGCACGAAGUGAUGUGCAGGUUUUAAACGGGCUCAAUCUGAAAAUUAACGCAAACGAAACAAUAGCUCUGGUGGGGUCAAGUGGUUGUGGCAAGUCUACGGUGCUGCAACUGAUACAGAGGAUGUACGAUCCUGACGGAGGGUCGGUGACCGCGUCUGGGAACGAUCUGAGAGACAUGAACGUCAGGCACUACAGGAACCAUAUAGCAGUCGUGGGUCAGGAACCUGUGCUCUUUGCUGGCACCAUUAAGGAGAAUAUUAGAUUGAGCAACCCCGAAGCCACUGAUGCAGAUAUAAUUGCUGCAGCCAAAGCUGGUCAUUGCCAUGAUUUCAUCAAGGCACUUCCUGAAGCCUACAACACCUUGAUUGGAGAAAGGGGUGCUCAACUUUCUGGAGGCCAAAAGCAGCGCAUAGCUAUAGCGAGGGCGUUGGUAAGGAAACCGAAGAUCUUGCUGCUCGAUGAGGCCACUUCAGCCCUCGACUCCCAAAGUGAAGCUAAAGUCCAGAGGGCUCUAGACGCAGCAGCGGCAGGUCGGACUACUGUCAUGGUGAGCCACAGGUUAUCAACAGUGCUGAAUGCGAAUCGCAUAGUGUUUAUUGAUAAAGGCGAAGUCGUCGAGGAAGGCACUCAUGCCGAACUCAUGGCUAAAAAAGGACGGUUCUAUCAACUAGCUGCGGAGAACGAGGCAGCAGUAGAUGAACUCCCUCCUUCUGCCCAGAACGUAGCGAAACGUGCAAAAAUAAAACAAAAGCCAAAGAAAAUCAAAUCUGUUGAGUCUAUUAAAAGUGAGUCAUCUAGUUCGGCGUCAUCGGCUAGCUCUAUAGAAGAGAUAAAAGAGGAAGAGGAGUUUCAUCCGACUAACUGGCAGAUCUUGAAGCUAUGUGGGCCGGAGAAGUGGCUGAUGAUAGCGGGUGUGUUAUCUGCCAUAGCCGUCGGCUCUUCCUUCCCUACAUUUGCCAUUCUCUUCGGAGAGACCUAUGGGUACUUGGAAAGUCCUGACAAUGACUGGGUGCGAGGUCAGACGAAUGUCAUUGCAGUCCUUUUCCUCCUUGUGGGAGUCUACACUGGAGUUGGUAUCUUCUUCCAAAUUUUUAUAUUCAACUUAACUGGAGUUCGUCUGACGGCUAGGCUCAGAGUGGCUGCAUUUGAAUCGAUGUUGAAACAAGAAAUAGGUUGGUUUGACGACGCACGCAAUGGAGUCGGCGCUCUGUCAGCGAGGCUGGCUUCUGAUGCUGCUGCAGUACAAGGGGCAACAGGCACUCGUAUCGGCGCUCUGAUGCAGGCAACAGCGACCAUCGUGAUCGGCAUCAUGCUUUCCAUGUACUACACUUGGAAGAUGACACUUGUAUCACUAGUGUCUGUACCCAUGGUCAUCGGUGCCGUGGUGCUAGAAGGCCGGGUCUUGUCGGUAGGACUCGCGCUGGUCAGAGAAGCCUCCUACAAGGCAACCACGAUAGCUACCGAGGCUAUCACUAAUAUCAAAACUGUUUGCGCAUUCUGUGGUGAAGAAGGAGUGCUGAAGCGUUACCACGAGGCGUUUGUAGGAGGUCGUCUGGCAGCGCGCAAAAGCUUACGUUGGCGCGGCUGUGUAUUUUCAUUCGGUCAGACCGCGCCGGUCGCCGGGUAUGCUCUGGCCCUCUGGUACGGUGGAGUUCUAGUCGCUAAUGGAGAGAUACCCUACAAGAACGUCAUCAAAGUUUCCGAAGCCUUGAUCUUCGGUGCGUGGAUGAUGGGGCAGGCAUUGGCGUUUGCCCCCAACUUCGGCGCAGCAGUGAGUGCGGCUGGCCGUGUCAUGACGUUGCUGGCCCGCAAGCCACGUGUUGCCGACACUGUUACUCCUUCCGUGCCUAAGGAUUACGUCGCGAAAGGCAAGAUUGAGUACAAUAACAUAAAGUUCCGGUACCCGACGCGGCGUGAAGUGGAGGUGCUGCGAGGCCUUUCGGUGCUGAUCCCAUGCGGCAAGCGAGUGGCGCUAGUGGGGCCCAGCGGCUGCGGGAAAUCUACCCUCAUACAGCUGAUUCAAAGACUAUACGACCCCGAUGAAGGCACUGUGAGCAUGGACGACCAUAACAUCGUAUCGGACAUGCGUUUAGAUACUCUGCGUCGGAACAUUGGCCUCGUGUCUCAAGAGCCGGUGUUGUUCGAUCGCACAAUAGCCGAGAACAUUGCAUAUGGCGACAACAAACGCGUGGUCUCUAUUGAAGAAAUUGUCACCGCAGCGAAACAAGCCAACGUCCAUUCUUUUAUUGCAGCUUUGCCUAACGCAUACGAGACUCGUGUCGGAGCUCGUGCAUCGCAGCUGUCUGGAGGUCAAAAACAGCGCAUUGCUAUCGCUCGAGCGCUUGUUCGAAACCCGCGCGUGCUACUAUUGGACGAGGCCACAUCGGCGCUCGACACACAUAGUGAAAAGGUUGUACAAGAAGCUCUGGACAGAGCCAGUGAAGGCCGCACAAGUCUCAUCAUAGCACAUCGCCUGUCAACAAUACAGAAUGCUGAUGUCAUCAUAGUCAUUUCGAAAGGCGUGGUCGCCGAGAAGGGCACACACAGAGAACUUAUUGCUCAACGAGGCAUAUACGCGAGGCUAUACGAACUGCAGUGCGGGAUCCCUGAAGAGACAGAUGAAGCGCAAGAAGCAUAAUAACUUCGGAGGUGUUCUAGAAUAUUAUAGACGGUACCUGUACAUAGUACAUAUUAACUUACUAGAUAUGUACAUCGGCCAACCGUUCAUUGGAUUGCGUUUUGCAGUUUCCUUAUUAAGGUCAUCAAAUGCAAAGGUCUAUUUAAACAUCUGUAGCUGUCCUCAACGCAAACAAAUUUAAAAUUGUUGGUUCUUCUAACUGUGGUGCGCCAGUUAGCUUAAUUUGUUUCC